ACAGGGGCGGCGCCGGCGCUGGAGGAGACUGCAUGCGCUGUCCGAGCCAAGCCGGACACGUCCCUUCACCGAGCAGCAGGGUCCCCACAAGGUGGACCCGCCACAGCACCCAGGAUGCCCAGCAGGACCAGCCGCUAUGCCCGAUACAGCCCACGGCAACGGCGCAGGCGGCUGCUAGCCCAUCGCAGCGUGCGCUUCCCCAAUGACGUCCUGUUCUUGGACCACAUCCGCCAAGGGGAUCUGGAGCAGGUAGGCCGCUUUAUCCGGGCUCGGAAAGUCGCCCUGGACACCAUCCACCCCUCAGGCCUGGCCGCCCUGCACGAGGCUGUGCUCUCUGGAAACCUGGAGUGUGUGAAGCUGCUGGUCAGGUACGGGGCUGACAUCCACCAGCGGGAUGAGACUGGGUGGACACCCCUGCACAUUGCCUGCAGCGAUGGAUACCCAGACAUAGCCAGGUACCUCAUUUCCCUGGGGGCAGACAGAGACGCAGCCAACAACGAUGGAGACCUGCCCUCAGACCUCAUCGACCCAGACUUCAAGGACCUGGUGGAGCUCUUCCAAGGGACCAAGAUGGACUGAGCCCAGCCCUGCCCUGCCAGGGCUC